UCUGUCUGAAUUCAGAACUUAAGAAGGAAGAGGACAAUCAUUUUGGGCAUCGAUUCAUUGAGUUUUCCUGGGUAUAGUUAGGGAACUAAUUAUGAGAGUUCAAUGUAUGCUUCAGGAUAAGUUGACAAGAUUUUUAGUGAGUUGGGUUUGCUCCACUUGAGGGCCUUCAAAUAAAUCAGUGGGACUUGUUCUUAGCAUUGGAAAUCUUGAGUUUGAGCCUUAGGACUCGUUCUUAGUAUUGGAUAUAUUGAAUUUGAUCCUCAGAAUUAGGCUGAGUAUUUUGUGAGUUGCAGUUCCUCUGCUCGAAUUCUGAGUUUCAGAAGAACAGGGUAUUCAAUUUGCUGAUCGAUUCAUUUGAGCUAGUUAAUUAUACUUUCUUAGAGAGGAAAAAGUUGGGGCCAGUUUGGAGUAUUGAAUAUAAGAAUUAAGGUUAUUGUGAGGAAGUUUUGAACUAGCAAUAAUUUGAGAGUAGCUCUGAAUAGUGUAUAACAUUGAAGAAGGAAGCAGCAUUCCUGAAAAGAAGCCAAACAUGGCAGGAGCUAAAGGACGAUCUUUGGAGGAAACUCCUACAUGGGCAGUUUCAGUUGUUUGUCUUGUAUUCAUUGUCAUUUCCAUAACACUUGAACAACUUAUUCAUGGUGUUGGCAAGAGGCUUUUGGCGCGAAAAAAGAAUUCCUUGUAUGAAGCACUUGAUAAGAUCAAAUCAGAAUUGAUGCUUAUGGGGUUCAUCUCCCUCCUAUUGACGAUUGGAGAGAAGCCUAUUUCCAUGAUCUGUAUAUCGAAAGAAAUAGCUGACUCUAUGCUUCCCUGUGACAAGAAGAAAGUUUCAAAGUUGAAAUGUGAUAUCGUCUCGAUUAAUCCCUCUGGGUGUAUGGAUGAUCACUGUAAAAAACAUGACAAAUAUCCUCUCGUCUCCAAGGAUGGCAUGCACCAACUCCACAUCUUCAUCUUUAUAUUGACAGUUUUACAUGUCUUAUUCAGCGUCCUAACCAUGGCCUUAGCAAGAGCAAAAAUGAGGCGUUGGAAAUCAUGGGAGAAGGAAACCCAAACAAUGGAAUAUCAAUUUUCAAAUGAUGCUGCAAGAUUCAGAUUUACCCAUGAAACUUCAUUCGUAAGGCGCCACACAACUUUCUGGAGCCCAACUCCGGUUCUUAAAUGGAUUGUAUGCUUCUUUCGACAAUUCUUUUGGUCGGUAUCUAAAGUUGAUUACCUUGCUUUACGCCAUGGCUUCAUUGUGGCCCACUUGGCUCCAAAUAGCAAGUUUGAUUUUCAGAAAUAUAUAAAGAGGUCUCUGGACGAUGACUUCAAGGUGAUAGUUGGAAUCAGCCCUCCAUUGUGGGCAUUUGCUGUGGUCUUUUUGCUUCUUAAUGUGUCUGGGUGGUAUGCUUACUUUUGGCUCUCUUUCGUGCCCUUAUGCAUAAUUCUGUUAGUUGGAAUGAAACUACAAGUUAUAAUAACAGAGAUGGCCAUAGAAAUCCACGAGAGGCAUGCUGUAGUCAAAGGAGAGCCACUAGUGCAGCCGAGUGAUGAACGGUUCUGGUUCAAUCGCCCAAAGUUGGUUCUCUCUCUGAUACAUUUUACUCUCUUCCAGAAUGCUUUCCAGAUUGCUUUCUUUUUAUGGAUAUGGUAUAAGUUUGGCCUGAAGUCCUGUUUCCAUUCAAAUUUCCCAUUUAUCAUAAUCAGAGUUGCAAUGGGGAUCGCCGUGCAGUUUUUGUGCAGCUAUAUUACACUUCCUCUAUACGCACUUGUGACACAGAUGGGAUCUCACAUGAAGAAGGCUAUAUUCGAAGAGCAGACAGCAAAUGCACUAAAGAAAUGGCAUCAAAGUGCCAAGAAAAAUAGGAAGAAAAACAAAAGGCCUGAAUUCUCUGGAUUUCGAAGUGGUGAAACAACUCCCGACCAGGGGUCAUCACCGAUCCACUUGCUCCACAAGUGUAAAACAAUGGGAGAUAUUGAAUGUCCAGAAAUCUCUGGAAGAAAUUAUUGUUCAGACCAUGAAGCAUUAAAUUAUGAGAUGGAACAGAUUUCUCCUUCUCCUCCUCAUCCUCUUUCCUCCCAGCAUACUCGGACAGUUUCGACUUUUAAGACAGAGAAGAACACAGAGGCAACAUGACAACAGUCCACUGCAAAAGAGACCGAGGUCAAAACCACUAAUUUCUCUUUUCCAAUGUAAACUGCUGAAAUGCUAUGAGACUAUAGAAGCCUUCAUCAAAGAUCUAUCAUAUCCCUACAUAUCCUAUAUCAUCUCAUGUCUUGAUGUAAUUUGGAUGAAGGCAGAACCUUAGCAUUAAGAUUAUGAUCGUUCUUUUAUUUUAAUGUUUGUAUAGGUUUAAUGAUAAAUAGUAUUAAUCUAAUACUUUAAUUGUCUAUUGGUGUAAUUAGAGGGGAGAGCUAUGAAUUUAAUAGUUUCAUUUUUAUUUA